UGAGACAGCUGCUCUCGUGCGUCAAGAGAGUUCGAUAACAGCAAGAUCGAAGUUGUGUGGAGAAGAUGAUGCGGCGUUGCAGGCUUAUCGAGGGUGUUUGUCUAAUUGCGCGCUCGCAGAUUUGAAAUUAGCGCGGUUGAAUGCGACGUCAGAGUCGGUAUUUGCUCGCAGUGCUGUCCGAGUCACGACUGAGCUGCUAUCAGCCACCGCUUUUGGUCGCUCGCUGUGCUCUCCACUACCCUCUGCGUGCGUGGCGCAACAACAGGGGACCACUCCCGAGUGCGAGGAGGACCUCAAAAAUACAUCUCCGUCGGGCCAGGAAGGAAAGGCUCUUUUUCGUCGAGCUCAGGCGCGAGAACUGUUGUGCGAAUUCGAUGAUGCACUAGGCGAUGCACGGCUGCUCAUGUCCCAAGUCGACGGAAAGAACAAAGAGUUCAUAGCCUUGGCGCAUCACAUCAAGGAUGCACGUGCGGCACGAAAGCAAGCCGCCGCGAGUGGUCCAAAGCGCGAACAACAGAAAGCCAAGAAGAGCGCCUUGUUCUUUGGUGGAGGCGAAGAUGACAAAAAUGCAAAAAAUACGUCGAGUACUACCACUUUGACGAACCAAAAAACAGAGAAGACACAGCAGGUAGAGCACUCUAAUAACGAGAACAAGGAAAACUACAAGAACAACAGUUUUUCCGAGAUGGAAGCUAUUCCUCGUGGGCUCUCUCCAAUGGAUGUUGCGCGUCGUCAGGGUCAUGGUGAGAUUGUCAGCAUUCUAGAGGAGCAUCAGAACAAACUUGCGCGGGAACGAGAAGUGCGCCACCAGGAGAGACGUGACGCUGGAUGCCUCAAUAGCGACUCAGAUGCAGAAGACGCUGAAGAUCGCUAUCUCCUGAAAAAGUACAGAACAAGCCAGCUGAUGAAGGACGAAGAGGCCGCAAAACAGGUCGUCAUGCCGGCUUGACGAUGUCGACAACAACAACAACAACAACAACAUCUGCAGAUGAAAUGAAUUGAAGUCUUUACCCGCCCACUUUCUUAGUAGUCUCACGCAGAACUUGGACUUGUACUUGGUUUUGACAUAAAAUCACAAGUAAUACCCGUAGCCUAGUUUUUACGUUUAGUCUCCCUAGGAUAAAGUUCUCGUCUUCAUCAGACUGGCAGCUCCUGUCCCCGUUUUUGGAGUCCCCGAGGCAUCCCCUCCGUUGCUUGCUGAGACCGCGAUGAUCCUUGUGUGUCUUGGAAGCGAAUAGAAACCUGUUUUCUUCGAUGAAUGCGUUGAUGAGAAACAUAUUUAUAAUGAAGGCGCAACUUCUUCUUCUAUCCUCAAUCUGAAUAAAGGUUGUCCUUGUCGUGCC